CACAAUUCACUCUCUUUGUCGCAUCUCAUUCCUCCGCACCAACCGUGACAGUAAGCUGGCAAGACGCGCCUCAGGCACAGAUAAAAGGAUUCCACUGGAUAACGGCUUCUCUCAAAGCCUAAUUCUCCGCAUUCUAGUAAUCUAGUUCCAAUCGACAUCAGGUUUUAAUCGACAUCAGGUUCUAGCGACCCCUCAGAUUGCUGCACAACAACGAAAGUGAGAGUCUCUUCGCUUCGCAAACUGUCGCAAAAUGAGCACUGAAGUUUUGGACCCCGCAAUUAUCGCCGGUGAGCCAAACCCCUUGGCCUAUCUUAUGGAUUAACGGGACCUGAGGGAUGCUAUUCGACGCCGUCAGCUCUUCCUCCCGACAGCGAAAUUGUUUCCAUUGCCCAACAUGGCAAUAAGAAUGUAGGAUAAUCAAAUGCUGCUGAAAUAACACGAGCUUUCGACUUUCAAACUACAAGGGCGUUGCUUUCUGUAUGCAAUAACGUAUACUGAUGACUCGCGGUAUUCAGUGGUCCAAGGGUCUACGAAUAGACACAGAGGUUAACGGAGAGGAGAGCCCAUAUUUCGUUAAAAUCAUCGAACGAGAGAAAGCCGCCGAAAUGGCUGAGGGCGAAUAUGAGGGACAGAGCGCUCUAGCGUCAUAUAUCCCCGACAACGUCGUGCAUCCACUCGCCUGGGGGACAUUCGAACAGGACCAGUCCAAAGCCUUCUUCCUCACAAAUUUUCAUAACCUUCAGGACUGCUCGCCUCCCCUCGUUCAGUUUUUAUCUAUUCUGAAGAAACUGCAUCAGUCUUCAACUUCACCGACCGGUAAAUUCGGAUUCCAUGUCACAACCUUCUAUGGUGUUUCACCCAUGAUCAAUGACUGGUGCGAGAGCUGGGAGGAAUUCUUUACGAGAGAGUUCCGCUCCAACCUGGCAUACGCGCAACGUAAUCGGGGCGAAGACGCUGAGCUCGCCAAGGUUGCUGAAAAGUUCAUCUCAACGGUCAUUCCGAGACUGCUGCGACCGUUACAAACCGAUGGCAGGAGCCUCAAGCCUACUUUGUGUCAUGGCGAUCUUUGGGAUGGGAAUAUCCAAAUAGAUGUUGACAGCAACCAGCCGAUCAUCUUUGACGCUUGCUGUUUCUAUGGGCACAAUGAAAUGGAUUUGCAAUGCAUGAGAGACCCGCGAUACGCCAUUGGAUUGGAGUUCUUGCAUCUCUAUAAGGAAGAGGUUGGCGCUUCUGAGCCUCGGAAGGAUUUUGAUGAUCGCAGCGCACUGUAUUCUAUGCGCAACGACCUCCUCACCGCAGGAAUGUGGCCGCAAUGGGUAUCGUUGCUUCACAGAGUUAGAGAAGAGAUGCUUCGGCUUCUAGAAAAACAUCCCAAUGGCCUUGCGGACUUUUACAAAGAUUAAAACCGGCAAGCCAACGGGGAAAAUGGAGACAUAUCUGGUUUAAUGAAAGGCGAGAGUGGCGGUGAAUUAGUGAAGUCAAGUCUACCAAGAUUGGUUGACCGGUGAAUUCCUAGGUUAUAACUCAUUGACUUAUACUCAGCUCAUAUUCUGUCACUGGUAGCCUCUGAAGAAUGAUGCGCUGAUUAUCUUAAGCCCCCAAUUUUUACUAAGUGACAUACAACAACUAUAGUCACUAAUAUUUCUCCGUUUAAAGUCUUGCUGUAGUUGUUAGCAGGGUUGCAAAC